GCUUGCGUGCACACAGUCGGCGGCUGCGCGCGCAGCAGGCUCGGGGCGUGGAUGGCGGCUGUGGCGACUGGAAACGGGGCUUUCCAGGAGGAGGAGGGCACCGGUGGGGACGCAGCGGCUCCGCAGCCCCAUGCCCCGACGAGUGCGCCCGGGGCUCGUCUCUCGAGGCUGCCUCUGGCGCGAGUGAAGGCCUUGGUGAAGGCGGACCCCGACGUGACGCUCGCAGGACAGGAAGCCAUCUUCAUUCUGGCACGAGCCGCGGAACUGUUUGUGGAAACCAUUGCAAAAGAUGCCUACUGUUGUGCUCAACAGGGGAAGAGGAAAACCCUUCAGAGGAGAGAUUUGGAUAAUGCAAUAGAAGCUGUGGAUGAAUUUGCUUUCCUGGAAGGUACUUUGGAUUGAUUGCUGAGCCUGGGCAGUUUUGUGAGCGUGCACCUGCAUCCUUCAGCUAGGCCCUCUGCAGGUCUCAGCUUUGAAGAAGAGUCUUUGAAAUACUGGACUUACACACUUUUCCUGUUCUGCCUUCACCUAAGCCUGGAUAAGCAGAGAUCUCACCGGUUAGCUUUUCUUUAUAAGGUCUUCCACUACUUGUGUCUUCCAUUUCUGGCCUGGAUGCAGCUGCUGCUGCUUGUGGUAGAGAUAUCAAAAAUGAUUUUGUAGGUUGCUUAAUAAAUGAUAAGGACCAAAUAAAAGUUUCUGAUCAACCUCAA